UUCGCUUUAUUAUUUGAACACACACAAUCAAAAAUGUUUCCCACCCAGCGAUGCCCUUCCGUUCAUUACUAUACCAAACCUCAAAUGCUAUAAAUUUGAUCUCUCCAGCACUACUCAAGCAAUGCAAGUCCAUUUCGCAAGCAAAUCUGGUUCACCAACAAGCCAUAGUCCAAGGCCUUUUAACCCACUUCUCCAUCAACCUCGUCUCCACUUACUUAGCUCUCAACGCUCCUUCCCAUGCACUUUCCCUCCUCCGACGCCUCACUCCCUCCUCCGACGCCGUUUAUUCAUGGAACGCUCUCAUCCGCCGCGCUCUUCGUCUCGGCCUCCUCCACCGCUCCCUCUCUCUUUUCCGCACAAUGCGGAGACUCAGUUGGUCCCCUGAUCACUAUACUUAUCCCUUCAUUUUCAAGGCCUGUGGCGAACUACCCUCGUUUUCUCACGGUAGUUGCGUUCAUGCUGUUGUUGUCUCAACUGGGUUUGAUUCAAAUGUGUUUGUUUGCAAUGCCACAGUGGCUAUGUAUGGCCGGUGCGGCGCGUUGGAUUAUGCACGCCAGGUGUUUGAUGAAAUGCUUGUUAGAGAAAUAUUUGAUUUGGUUUCGUGGAACUCGAUUACUGCUGUGUUUAUUCAAAGCGGGGAUUCGAAAAGAGGAAUUGAGCUGUUUCGUAGAAUGUGGAAAGAAUGUGAUUUUAAUGUUAGACCAGAUGCUGUUAGUCUUGUAAAUGUUUUGCCUGCUUGUGCUUCCAUGGGUGAUUGCUUGUCUGGCAAGCAAGUACAUGGUUUUUCGGUCCGGUCUGGGCUGUUUGACGAUGUUUAUGUUGCAAAUUCAUUGGUGGACAUGUAUGCAAAAUGUGGAAUGAUGAAUGAAGCUAACAAGGUUUUUGAUCGGAUGGAGAUUAAGGAUGUGGUUUCUUGGAAUUCAAUGGUGACUGGGUAUUCUCAGAUUGGUAAGUUUGAGGAGGCUGUUGGUCUGUUUGAGAAGAUGAGUGAGGAGAAUAUCGAGUUAGAUGUUGUUUCCUGGAGUGCUGUUAUUGCAGGUUAUUCACAGAGGGGACUUGGAUAUGAAGCAUUAAAUGUGUUUAGGCAAAUGCAGGUCUGUGGAUCAAACCCGAAUGAGGUUACCCUUGUGUCACUUCUUUCGGGUUGUGCUUCAAUCGGAGCAUUGCUUCAUGGGAAGGAGACUCAUUGUCAUGCCAUAAAAUGCAUUUUGAAUUUUGACAGAAGUGAUCCAAGGGAGGACGGUUUGGUACUUAACGCCAUGAUUGACAUGUACACGAAGUGCGAAGAUAUCAGUGCUGGUCGUGCAAUUUUUGAUUCAAUAUCUCCUAAAGAUAGGAAUGUCGUGACUUGGACUGCUAUGAUUGGUGGAUAUGCCCAACAUGGAGAAGCCAAUGAUGGAUUAGAACUUUUCUCUCGGAUGAUUAAAGAGGACAGAUUGGUAAAGCCUAAUGCAUUUACGAUAUCUUGUGCGUUGAUGGCAUGUGCUCGAUUAGCUGCGUUGAGGAGUGGGAGACAAAUCCAUGCUUACGUGUUACGCAACCAGUAUGAUUUUGAUGUACUUCACGUGGCCAAUUGCCUCGUUGAUAUGUAUUCUAAAUCUGGAGAUAUUGGUGCAGCUAGAGUUGUGUUUGAUAACAUGAAGCGGAGAAAUGAUGUUUCUUGGACAUCUUUAAUGACCGGUUAUGGCAUGCACGGUCAAGGUGAAGAGGCUGUUAAGGUUUUUGAUCAGAUGAGCAGAGAGGGUCUGGAUCCAGAUGGUGUAACACUGCUUGUUCUGCUCUAUGCUUGCAGCCAUUCUGGGAUGGUUGAUGAAGGGAUGAGAUAUUUCAGUAACAUGAGCAAGGAUUUUGGAGUUGCUCCUGGGGAAGAACACUAUGCUAGCAUGGUUGACCUAUUGAGCCGUGCUGGUCGCUUUGAUGAUGCCACGAAGCUCAUCGAAGACAUGCCAAUGAAACCGGGUCCCAUAGUGUGGGUAGGUCUGCUUAGUGGUUGCAGGGUACAUGCAAACGUGGAGCUAGGAGAAUAUGCUGCUGGUCAACUGAUGGAGUUGGAGUCCGAAAGCGACGGAUCAUACACAUUACUUUCUAACAUUUAUGCUAAUGCGAGGCGUUGGAAAGACGUGACGAGGAUCAGAUCAUUGAUGAAGCACAGCGGAGUUAGGAAGAGGCCCGGUUGUAGUUGGGUGCAGGGGAAGAAGGGCACCGAAACUUUCUUUGUUGGAGACAGAAGUCACAGAGAAUCGAAACAAAUAUACGGACUUCUGUCCGAACUGAUUCGACGGAUUAAAGUUGCAGGAUAUGUUCCAGAGACCAGCUUUGCUCUCCAUGACGUUGAUGAUGAGGAGAAAGGGGAUCUAUUAUUUGAGCACAGUGAGAAGUUAGCUCUUGCCUAUGGCAUCCUAACAUCAGCACCAGGUGCACCUAUCAGGAUCACUAAGAAUUUGCGUGUAUGCGGCGAUUGCCAUACUGCCAUUACUUACAUAUCUAACAUCAUUCACCAUGAAAUUAUAUUAAGAGACUCGAGCCGCUUCCAUCAUUUCAAGAACGGUUCCUGCUCCUGUAAGGGUUACUGGUGAUGCUGCAAUUCUCCAUGUAUACAUUUCAGUGAUGCAUAUCUUUCAUUCCUUUUUUAUUUAAAAAUAAUGUAUAGUAUUAAAUUGAUUAAUUAAUUAGAAAAAUAUUUAAAAUAUUUUUAAUUGAAUUAACUAUAUUAAAGUGAUUAUAA